AUGGAACGAGAUCGAGUUGCUGGAUCUUGCAACUCCCCUCCUUAUUUUGAUGGAAACAACUACGUUGCUUGGAGAGAAAAAUUUGAGAUAUUCCUUGAUGCUCUUGAUGAGUACGCAAGUGAGUAUCUCACAAAAGAGUGGGUUGCUCCUGUCAAGACAGUUGAGAGUGAUGUUGUGCCCAAGCCUAGGUCGGAAUGGACUGAAGCUGAGGUGUUUGCUGCAUAUUCAAACAAGAAGGCCAGAAAUGCCUUAGUCACAGCCUUGUCUAGCACACAAUUUUCACAUAUACAACACAUCCCAAAUGCAAAACAGGCUUGGGAUAAACUAAGGGUGGUUCAUGAAGGGGAUGACCAAGUUAGAACUCUAAAACUUCAGAUGGUGCUUGCACAAUUUGAAGAACUUAGGAUGUCUGAAACUGAGUCUAUUUCUGAGUUCUAUGGGAGAGUUGAGAUGAUCACAAAUGAAGCCAUGAGUCUCGGUCAACCUAUUGAUGAGCUUCUUGUUGUUCAGAAAAUCCUUCGUGUUCUACCAUCUAGGUUUAGAGCAAAGAAAACCACAAUCAUGGAGGUCCAAAACUUAAAUGAAAUUAAGCUUGGCAAGCUCAUUGGAAAAUUGAAAACCUAUGAGAUGGAGUUGAAUAUGGAAGAGAAUGACACUAAAAAAUCAAAAAAUGUUGCACUUCAAGGAGUGAAUGAUUCCUCUCUGAAAGGUAAUGAAAAAUCCUCAUGUUUUGAGGAUGAGAUGGCUUUGUUUGUCAAAAAAUUUAGGAGAAUUCUUAGGGAUGAAGGAAAGUUUGCUAGAGAGGGCAGCUCUGCUAGUGAGAGACAAUUUAGACCAUCAACUGAUCGGUCUAAUGAGAGGAACAAGGAUGUCAAACCUUUCACUAAAGAUUUUAGAAAAUCUGUCAAGUGCUUCACAUGUGGAGGCAUUGGACACUAUGUUGCCGACUGUGCAAACAAUCAGAAAAAAUACUCAAAAGGAAUGGACAAGGCCAUGAAACCAGUGUCUGAUGAAUCUGAUUCUGAGUCAGAUGACCUGUCAUACGAGUCAUUAGGAAGAAAAUAUGAUUGUUUGUUCAAAGAGACAUUGUCUUUGAAAGAAGAGAGCCUCAAACUUGAGGCCAACAACCAUGAACUUCAACAUGAAAUCCUCAUCUUAAAAGAAACCAAAAAGGAGUUGAGUGACAAAUUUGUGUCUCUAGAAAAAGAAUUUGUUGCACUUGUGUCAAUUAGGAGUAAUCUUGAAAAUCAAGUUAAUGUGCUCAAGGAAAGUAACAUUGGUUUCCAGAACUCAAACAAACAGCUCCUAGGUGAAUUGAAUGAAGCAAAAAGUAAGGUUAUAUCUAUGACCAUUGGUGCCUCAAAAAUUGACAAAAUGUUGACUAUGGGAAAACUUCAUGGGGACAAAGGUGGUCUUGGAUUUAAUCAUUUUGAUUCUAGUUCAUCUAGCUCUACCACUAGGUUUGUCAAGUCAAAAACUCCAACCAUUGCUACUCUUGAUGCUCAACAGGUAGUCAAGAAACCUAAGUUUGUUCCAACUUGUCACAGGUGUGGGUUGACUGGUCAUAUUCGACCAGUCUGUCAUAUGUACAAAAAGGAUAAGACUAGAAAAUUGUCUUCAAAAUCUAAAAGGAAUCCCAGAUCUUUGCAAGAUCAGGUUGAUCAUUUGCUAAAUGAAGUAACUAAGAUUGCCAAACUUGUCUCCCUUAAAAUGAGUUCACAUAUUGUGCCUAAGUCUACUUGGGUUGCAAAAGGUCAUACCAAAUGUCUUGUUGUGCUAAAUGCUUUUGUUGCAUCAAACACCAACUCUUGGUACUUUGAUAGUGGCUGUUCUAAACAUAUGUCUGGUGAUAAGAGUGUCUUCUCAUCUCUCAACCCUUUUGAUGGAGGCACAGUGACUUUUGGUGGAGGUCACAAGUCUCAAGUUGUUGGAAAAGGUACUGUUUGUAUCCCUGGAUUACCCGAGCUUAAGAAUGUUAGAUGUGUUGAGGGUCUUACAUCCAAUCUCAUUAGUGUGAGUCAUCUGUGUGAUGAUGGAGUAAUAGAAGUUAGAUUCUCCAAGCAUGGGUGCAAAAUCAUUGGAAAAGGUGGCAAUGAGAUUGCGAGCACGGCUAGGUCUAGGGACAAUUGCUAUUGCAUUGAUGGUGUCAAUGAUGCAAAAGAAGUAGUUGGCAAUAAUGUUGUGAAUAAAACAAGUGUCUUGUGGCAUCAAAGGCUUGGACAUGUGAACUUUUGA